AUGAUUUUCACCAUCCCUGUUGUUGUUGAAAGAACGCUGGUUGUGGAACCUACCCACACGUCCGUGAGGUUCAGUAGCCAUAUUGGCAGAUCCAAUGGAGAGAUCAAUGGCGGAGGUUUGCUGCUCAUGGCAAAGUUCAAAGCUCAGGAGAUGAGCAAAGGCAUCUACCAGGCAAAGGCAUCUGCCAGGGAUGAGAGAGAUGUGACUAUGGAGGUACAUGAGAAAUUCAGAAUCUCGAAGAGGUUCACCUAUGGCUGCAAGAGUAUCCACAGAGAAAACAUGCGCUCAAGGGCACACUACACUACUCUGGAGGUUUCAAGACCGACCAUGUUAAGAGGUGCUGUGAGGGUAGAAGUUUGGGACGUUGUAGAGGAGGAGGAUGAGAUUAAUGAGACUGCAGGUGUGGUUGAGGCCAUUGAAAAAUUUUGGACAUUUGUUGAUAGGCUCUGA